AUGAAGCGCGUGUUGCGAGUUGAGAAUUCCCCAAGCCUGGAGAAUGAACAAGUCGCUCGCUCGCUCGCUUGCUUGCCCGGCUCCGAAAAGGAUAACAAGGAUCCCAAGGGUCGGACUGUUUCCCCUCUCAAGAUAGAAAAGGGACCCCAGAGGACAGGAAAAUCUGCAAGAGACGCUGCAAGCAGACCAAGAACCGCUUUUGACACGGGUAUGUUGGAAGAAGAAAGAAAAAUGGCGUGUUUGGUGGUUCGAUACGACGUCGUUUACUAG